AUGCACGAAACAAUCGCAAAUUUGUGCUUAAAACAUUUUAAUUCAUUGCCCAAAAAAGGAAAACCCAUAGAUAAUGAAUGGACAGUCCUGUCGUGUAUUGUUCUAGAAGAAAACGAAUUGUUUGAAGUUGUUGCCUUAGGAACAGGUUCAAAAUGCAUUGGCCAAAAUAAAUUAUCACCAAAUGGUGACAUUUUAAACGAUUCACAUGCGGAAAUUAUUUGCAGGCGGUCCUUUAUACGGUUUUUAUAUGAUCAAUUAAAUUUAUUGCGAAAUAAAGAAAAAUCCGUAUAUUUAUACGACUUAAAUAGGGAAAUUAAAAUUAAACCCAAUGUGAAAUUUCACUUUUUUACUACGCAUGUUCCCUGUGGGGACGCAGCAAUCUUUUCAAAACAAAAUGAAGAAGAUUUUGGAAGCAUACUAAUAAGUGGGGACUUUAAUGAUGAACCAAAACAAAAAAAGUUAAAAAUAGACGAUAUUUAUCGGACAGGGGCCAAAUGUUUGGACCAUGAUGAAAAACAAGAUCCAAAAUUGGAUGGAAGUGCCUAUCACAUCCUAGGGGCUGUUAGAAGAAAACCUGGUCGAGGAGAUCCCACACUAUCUGUAUCAUGCAGUGAUAAAAUAUCCAGAUGGGUUCAUUUGGGAAUACAAGGAUCACUUAUAUUUACAAUAACUAAACAACCAAUCUAUAUAUCGAGUUUUACAAUCGCAGGAGAUACUCCCUUUAAUGAAGAUGCUCUAAAAAGGGCUCUAUUUAAUAGGUUUGGCGAUAUUAAAUUACCAUUGCCUUUUGUGCAAAAUAAAUUUAUUAUCGGACAAGCAACUUUACAAUUUAAAUAUGCUAAAACUAAUUUAAAAACUCCUUGCCCUAGUAGUAUAUCCUGGGUAAAAACUGACAAAGAAAGCUUGGAGGUUUCAGUUGAAGGCAAAAAACAAGGCAUAACAAAAAAAGAUAUAAAUAAAGAAAUAGCAUGUGUUAGGAUUUGUAAAAAGAACUUAUUUGGAUGUUUUAUAAAUACAAUUAAAAGUUUAAAUUUAAAUGUUAAUGGAAAUUUUAAAUCCCUAACAUAUAAAAAUGCAAAAACUUUAUCAGAAGAAUAUGUCAAUGCUUUGAAAACUUAUAAGGAUACCAUUAAGGUGUUUACUACAAAAUCCGAUUGUCUUUUGCAGUUUAAAUAUAAAUAA